GCAGCAGGCCCAACAUAAAAAUACUUAAAAUCUCAUACAUUGUUUUACAUCUUAACCCUAGCCACCACCCAAACACCACUACCAGACUUCUUCUUUCUUCUUCUUCAUGGCGCCUAAGAAGGAGAAAGCUCCUCCUCCGUCAUCCAAGCCUGCCAAGUCCGGUGGUGGCAAACAGAAAAAGAAGAAAUGGAGCAAAGGAAAGCAAAAGGAGAAGGUAAACAACAUGGUUUUGUUUGAUAAGGCGACUUAUGACAAGCUUCUUUCUGAAGCUCCAAAGUUCAAACUCAUCACUCCUUCUAUCUUGUCAGACAGAUUAAGGAUUAAUGGUUCGUUGGCAAGAAAGGCAAUCAAGGAUUUGAUGGCAAGAGGUGCUAUUAGGAUGGUAUCUACUCAUGCUAGCCAACAAAUCUAUACCCGAGCUACCAACACUUAAGCUAUGCAGGCUAUUGUAUCUUUAGAUUUAAUGAAGGCUUGAUUUUCUGUUUCGGUUUCGAUUACUUUGUUUCUCAGGAGUUUAUACAUUAAUGCAUUCCCGAUUUUUGUUUCCUUCA